AUGACUGAUGAUAACCAACAUUUCUUUCACAUGUAUCGUUUCGAUGAUGAAGGUCACAUGAAAGAUGUUUUGUGGGUUGAUGCGAGAAGUCGUGCAGCUUAUGAGUAUUUUGGGGACGUUGUAUGUUUUGACGCUACAUACCUUACUAAUGAUUAUGCACUUCCUUUUGCUAAUUUUAUCGGAGUAAAUCACCAUGGUCAGAGUAUAUUACUAGGGUAUGCGUUAAUAUCUCACGAGGAUGCUGAAACUUAUACCUGGGUCUUUAGUACUUGGGUGAAGUGUAUGGGUGGUAAAGCUCCUGAUUAUUUUCUUACCGAUCAAGAUGCUACGAUUAGGAAGGCAUUGCUUUAUAAGGAUUUCAAGCGUGUACUUCUUGAUGCCUUAUAUGAUAGUGUGUUGGGUGAAGAAUUUGAGGUUGAAUGGUGUGCUGCAAUACCAAAGUACGGACUCAGAGAAGAUAAGUGGCUUGAAGGUUUGUAUAAGGAGAGGUUGAUGUGGGCUCCGGCAUAUAUGAAGCACUUAUUUUGGGCUGGUAUGAAGACCACACAACGUUCAGAAAGUAUAGAUAGUUUUUUUGACGGUUAUGUGCACAAGAAUACCAAGCUGUGUGAUUUUGCGGAGCAAUACUGCAAUGCUAUGGAGAGCAGGGCAAAUAUUGAGAAAACAGCAGACACAAAUAGUUGUAGGUAUGUAAGACAACUUGCUAUAGAUCGUAAGACAGCGAUUGUGUUUCAAAAACUAUACACAGAUGAAAUUCCUUCACAUAUACUUGAUCGUGGAGGAAAUGUCAUUCAAAAGCAUACCAUGAUAAAAGUGGCGUAUCAUGAUUCGUCCAAAACUGAAGAGGUAAUGUGUUAUGAUAAGAUGAUGGUCGUAUUCGACCCCAUUUGCUUGAAGGCGGCUCAUUUUGGUGAAGUUGACGUAGUAGUGGAAGCACUUAAGUUGCUUGAUGAUCGUAUAGAUGAGAGGAGGGUAUUGAAGAAUACUAGUAAUGGACCGAAAGAAGGUACUCCUUCAUCUGUGGGUAACAAUACAAUUAGACAAGAUGUUACUCAUGGUUCGGUAAACUUGCAGGAGGGCCCAAAGGACCCCCUCGGAAGGCACGUAAAGGAUCGCGCUCUGUUGGAUUCCCUUCAUGCAUUGAGAAGGGGCAAGGAUCCAAAAAACAGAAGCAAGGGAACAAAGAUGGCAAGGUAUUGA